AUGUCAUAUGGAAGGAAAGAUUUUCUCAGCCAGCCGGCACCAGAGAACUAUGUUGCUGGUCUUGGUCGAGGAGCUACUGGAUUUACAACCCGAUCAGAUUUAGGACCAGCGCGGGAAGGUCCAACGCCCGAGCAAAUUCAGGAAGCUCUAGCGAAAAGAGCACAGCAACUAGGAGCUCCUACCCCUACCGCAUAUAGUAUAAGUCGGGAAAAAGGGGGAAAGGGUAAAGAGCAGGAGGCGGAAGAGGAGGACGAUGAGCGUUUUCAGGACCCAGAUAACGAAGUCGGCUUAUUCGCCUACGGCGCCUAUGAUCGCGAAGAUGACGAGGCGGACUUGAUCUAUCAGGAGGUUGAUGAGAAAAUGGAUAGGAGGCGAAAAGCAAGAAGGGAAGCCCGUGAAAAACAAGAACGAGAAGAAUAUGAGAGAAACAACCCUAAGAUUCAGCAACAAUUCGCCGACCUUAAACGUUCACUAGCUACGGUAUCGGACGAGGACUGGGCUAAUAUACCCGAGGUCGGUGAUCUCACAGGAAAAAAUCGACGAGCUCGUCAAAACCUCAGACAAAGAUUUUAUGCGGUUCCGGAUAGUGUGAUCGCCGGUGCUAGGGAUGCGACACAAUUUGAGACUACCAUCGCCGACGAUGGUACUCAAACGGAAAUCUCAAGCGCUGCUGGAGGAGACGGAAGUUUGACGAAUUUUGCCGACAUUGGUGCUGCCAGAGAUAAGGUACUCCAGGUGCGCCUGGACCAGGCGGCGCUUGGAUCUGCUGCCGAUACUACAUCAGGUAGUGCGACUAGCAUCGACCCCAAAGGCUACCUUACCAGUCUUACACAGUCAGAGUUAAAGGCUGGUGAGGUGGAAAUUGGUGAUAUUAAGCGUGUCAGGGUUCUGAUGGAAUCUGUUACACGUACAAACCCCAAGCAUGCCCCGGGUUGGAUUGCUAUCGCACGAUUAGAAGAAUUAGCAGGCAGGAUUGUUGCAGCGAGGAACUAUAUUGCCAAAGGUUGUGAACUAUGUCCGAAGAGUGAGGAUGCCUGGUUGGAGAACAUUCGGCUCAACGAGAACCACAAUGCGAAAAUUAUCGCAGCGAACGCUAUCAAGCACAACGACCGAUCUACUAGGUUGUGGAUUGAAGCGAUGAAGCUCGAGACGGAUGUCAGAGCGAAGAAGAAUGUUCUAAGACAGGCUCUUUUACAUAUACCGCAAUCCGUGGCUAUAUGGAAGGAAGCCGUGAACCUUGAAGAAGAUCCAGCAGAUGCCCGACUUCUCCUUGCAAAGGCUACUGAAAUGAUUCCCCUGUCUGUUGAGCUCUGGCUUGCACUGGCACGCUUAGAGACACCUGAGAAUGCACAGAAAGUAUUGAACGCAGCUCGCAAGGCAGUUCCCACAAGCCAUGAAAUUUGGAUUGCGGCAGCUCGAUUACAGGAACAGAUGGGUACGGCAAACAAGGUCAACGUUAUGAACAGAGCUGUUAAGGCCCUCGUACGCGAGAAUGCCAUGCCGAAGAGGGAGGAAUGGAUUACGGAAGCUGAGAAGUGUGAAGAGGAAGGCGCUGUCCUAACCUGUGGCGCAAUUAUCCGGGAAACUCUAGGUUAUGGGCUUGACGAGGAUGAUGAUCGACGGGAUAUCUGGAUGGAAGAUGCCAAAGCAAGCAUUGCUCACGGUAAAUACGAGACUGCUCGGGCAAUAUAUGCCUAUGCUUUACGUGUAUUUGUCACCAGCAAGACUUUGUGGCUUGCAGCGGCUGAUUUGGAGCGUAACCACGGAACAAAAGAAGCUCUAUGGCAAGUGCUCGAAAAAGCCGUGGAGGCAUGCCCUCAAAGCGAAGUUCUAUGGAUGCAACUUGCAAAGGAGAAGUGGCAAGCUAGCGAAAUCGACAAUGCACGACUUGUCUUGAAGCGUGCCUUUGAACGAAAUCCUAACAACGAAGAUAUUUGGCUUGCAGCUGUCAAGUUAGAGACGGAUGCAAAGGAAACGGAACACGCUCGAGAGCUCUUGAGUACCGCUCGACGUGAAGCCGGCACGGAUCGUGUGUGGAUCAAGAGUGUCGCCUUUGAACGCCAGUUGGGUAAUAUGGAUGAAGCACUCGAUCUCGUCAACCAGGGUCUACAACUCUACCCCAAGGCUGAUAAGCUUUGGAUGAUGAAAGGUCAAAUAUACGAGUCCCAGAAGAAAUAUCCACAAGCCCGAGAGGCAUAUGGCACUGGUACACGUGCUUGUCCUCAAUCAGUCCCAUUAUGGCUUUUGGCUUCACGGCUUGAAGAAAAAGCAGGUGUCGUGGUUAAGUCUCGUUCGAUUCUUGAUAGAGCUCGGCUCGCGGUUCCCAAGAACGCAGAACUGUGGACUGAAAGUGUUCGUGUGGAACGACGUGCGAACAAUAUCAGUCAAGCCAAGGUCCUCAUGGCCAAGGCACUUCAAGAAGUACCCAAUUCUGGACUCUUAUGGGCCGAAAGUAUCUGGCACCUUGAACCUCGAACGCAUCGAAAGCCUCGCAGCCUGGAAGCUAUUAAGAAGGUUGACAAUGAUCCUAUUCUCUUUGUUACAGUAGCGCGUAUAUUUUGGGACGAACGACGAUUGGAGAAAGCAAUGACCUGGUUCGAGAAAGCUAUUCUAGCGGACAGUGAUCAGGGCGAUUCAUGGGCAUGGUAUUACAAGUUCCUUAUGCAACACGGCACUGAGGAGAAACGACAAGAUGUUAUUUCUAAAUGUGUCAUUAGCGAGCCGAAGCACGGAGAGAUUUGGCAAUCGGUUGCUAAAGAUCCUGUUAAUUUCCACAAAACUACCGAAGAGAUCUUGAAAUUGGUUGUGGAACAGUUACCCUGUUAAGUGAUUUGCAUUUCGGCGAUAUAUAGUCGAUGGAGUUGGUUGUUUCGAUUGGCGUGGCGUUUGUCCUUGGGGACUAUUGUAUGAAUAGUUCUAUGUAUUGUUGAUAUCUUCAAAAUAAGACCAAUAAAUUACUUGCAUU